AUGGGGCUAAGUGAGGCAUCAGAGAUGAGCGUAGACAUCUCCGUGCCGGGUGCUCUUCAGAUUUUAGCUGCCGAAUCAUUUUGGCAAGAGAUAUCGCAGAUGGCUGCUCUGCAUUCAAAGCUUUACAUACCGCAGGUAUGCACUGACUUGCUUUCUGAAGCGCUCAAGCUUUCGAGUUAUGGAAUGCUACCAUGUUGUAAGUACCAACCGUCUCUCCGCUCCCGCAUUAUGAUGAUCAACACUUCAAACGAUAACUUCCGAGUCAAACGACGAUGA